AUGCAGGGAAGAAACGGAGUUUAUAGUUGCCUGAAGAUGGAUUGGUUCGGCAAAGUUGAUUAAUUGGUGUUUGUCUCUGAUCGACACCCAAGCAUAAACAACGGAUUUGAGAGAGUUUUUCCUCUAGCGCAUCAUGCUACUUGUGUUGUGCAUCUUUGGAGAAACAUAAGAUUCGAUUACAAGCCCCGCCGUGUUGCCAUUCUUGUCUCUGCUGCGGCUAGAGCUUUCACUACUCCAGAGUUUAACAAAAAAUUCCUUGAGAUACGGAAGAUAAGUCCAGGAUGCAUUGCUUAUUUAGUCGAUAUUGGAUUUGAACAUUGGACUAGAGUUCACUUCAAAGGCAGGAGAUACAACAUCAUGGAUUCAAAUAUUGCAGAAUCAUGGAAAAGCAAGGGAAUAUCCUCUGAUAUGCAUGCUUGA